AUGACCACAAUUACCACUACCCACUCGCUCGAGGAGCAAGGCAACUCCAUUCCUGUCAAGGCGGAUGCUCCAAUCCAAGCCGCCGGCGCCCAAGCAGCACUCGCAACCGGCGGUUACGAGUUCCCCGGCAUUCCCAAGAUUGACGACCUCUAUAAAAAGCGACAAUGGCAGCUUGAGCACAUGGCUGGUGCAUUCCGGGUCUUUGCACGGAAGGGAUAUACGGAGGGCACUAGCGGUCACAUCAGUGUGCGCGAUCCGAUCGAUCCAUCGACAUUCUGGAUUAACCCCAUGGGAAAGCACUUCGGGAUGCUCAAGGCCAGCGACAUGGUGCACAUUGACGAGGAAGGCCAGGUUAUCGGCGGAAACAAGACUGCCAUCAAUGCAGCUGGCUUCAUGAUCCACAGCGCCAUCCACAAGGCACGACCUGAUAUCCAUGCUGCCUGCCACACGCACUCUCCGGCUGGAAAGGCCUGGUCCACAUUUGGACGGCCUCUCAACAUCAUUAACCAAGAUACCUGCAACUUCUGGGGCACACAGGCCGUCUACAAAUCAUUCGGUGGAGUGGUCCUGGGUGCAGAUGAGAGCGAUCGUAUUGCCGAGGCCCUGGGCGAUACAGGUCGGGUGAUGGUGCUCCAGAAUCACGGUCUCUUGACUACUGGUGGUACUGUUGACGAGGCUGCUUACCUGUUCACAUUAAUGGAGCGCUCCUGCGAGGUUCAAAUCAUGGUUGAGAGCACCGGGAUCGCUCAGAACAUGAUUGGAGACAGGGAAGCUGAAUUCACUGCUAAGGUGAACGCUGAUCCAGAAACUCUCUAUACCGAAUUCCAACCAGACUUUGAAUAUGAGAUCUGGAAGUCCAAGGGUGAAUUAUGCAAGGGGGAAUAA